AUGCAUCUCGCUCAACUAUUCCCGGCGGCUGCUCUCGUCGCCAGCCUCUUCAGCGGCCUGGGAGAUGCCAUUGCCGUCAACCCUCUUCCGGCACCUCAGACCGUCACCUGGGGCAGUUCGGGGCCAAAGUCAUUAGCCGGCUAUUUGGUGCUGAACUCGCCGUACAAUCAAAUCGUCAAUGAUGCGUGGACACGGGCGUGGAGUACCAUCAGCACUUUGAAAUGGGUCCCAGUAGCCGUUGAGGCUCCAAUUAGCACAUACGAGCCAUUCCCAACUGCUACGCCAUCAUCUAGGGUCAAGCGAUGGAAUUCUUUCCUCAGCCAAAUUGACCUCACCAUUGCGGACACCCAAGCCGAUUUGCAACAAGGAGUGGACGAAUCGUACACCAUCGACAUAACCCAAGCCUCGCAAUCGGUCAAUAUCACUGCCAAGACCAUCUGGGGCGCCCUUCAUGCCUUCACCACUCUCCAACAAAUCAUCAUCUCCGAUGGCCAAGGAGGUCUUAUGAUUGAGCAACCAGUCUCGAUUGUGGACUAUCCAAACUAUCCUUACCGGGGAGUAAUGAUUGAUACAGGCCGGAACUACAUCGGCAUUCCCAAGAUCUACGAGCAGAUCGACGGCAUGGCGCUCUCAAAGUUGAAUGUGCUCCACUGGCAUAUGGUCGAUGCUCAAUCGUGGCCUAUCCAGAUCGAGAGCUACCCACAGAUGACUCAAGCUGCUUAUUCUUCCCAAAUGGUCUACUCACAAGACGACAUUCGAGCCAUCAUUGCUUAUGCGCGAGCUCGGGGCGUUCGAAUCAUUCCUGAAAUUGAUAUGCCAGGCCAUGCAUCAUCUGGUUGGACAGAGGUUGAUCCAAGCAUUGUCGCGUGCGCGAACUCCUGGUGGUCGAAUGAUGUCUGGGAAUACCAUACAGCAGUGGAGCCGAAUCCUGGACAACUCGACAUUCUCAACAACAAGACAUACGAAGUUAUCAAGAACAUCUACAGUGAACUUGCGGGUUUGUUCACCGACAACAUCUUCCAUGUUGGUGCCGACGAGAUACAGACUGGCUGCUACAAUUUCAGCACGCUGGUGCAACAAUAUUUCGCCCAAAACUCUUCACGGGAUUUCAAUGACCUUCUUCAAAUCUGGAUUGACACUGCAGUUCCCAUUUUCACUUCCGUUUCAAACAAGACGUUGAUGAUGUGGGAAGAUGUCGUCCUCAAUUCCUAUCCACAUGCGCACACGGUCCCCACGAAUAUUAUCAUGCAGACCUGGAACAACGGAUUGGAAAACAUCCAAAACCUGACCGCACUGGGCUACGACAUUGUCGUGUCAUCUUCCGACUUUUUCUAUCUGGACUGCGGAUUUGGGGGCUGGGUGACUAACGAUCCUCGAUACAACGAAAUGGCCAACCCCAACGCCUCGGUGCCGACAUUCAAUUACGGAGGUGGGGGAGGCUCAUGGUGCGCACCGUACAAGACCUGGCAACGCAUCUACGACUACGACUUCACCCUCAAUCUCACCGACGUGCAGAAGAGCCACGUGUUAGGCUCGGAGGUUCCUCUCUGGUCAGAACAGGUCGACGACACGGUCAUUUCCUCCAAGAUGUGGCCGAGGGCCGCCGCCAUGGCUGAGCUCUCUUGGUCCGGCAACAGGGACUCCACAACCGGGAUCAAGCGGACGACGCAGAUGACGCAGCGGAUUCUGAACUUCCGCGAGUACUUGGUUGCCAACGGUGUACAAGCGACGCCACUGGUUCCGAAGUAUUGUCUGCAGCAUCCGCACGCCUGCGACCUGUACUACAAUCAAACGGCGCUUGCAGACUACGCGACGACGCAAUAA